AGGGAAUUGAGCGCAGCGCUUUCUUCUCUUUUAAAUCUGUCUCUUCUUUCGAAUCUCUCCCACCCUCACUUCUUCGCGCCUGGCUAUUACUUCCAAUUAUUUUAUCGUAUUACGUUCGCCGUGAUCGUCAGUCGCCAACAAUCACGCGUGAAUCACAGUAAUCAAAGCAAAUAAAAAAUAAAAAUAAAAAAGCAAAGACGUUUUUGCUGAAAAAGAGAAAGAAAACCCAAAGUGAGAGCCCAAACUUUGAUUGUCUCAUCUUCUUCCUCAGGUUCCUCGUUUAACCAAAAGCUUUGUAACUAGUCUCCAUCCUUCUCCCCUGGAUCGAACCGGUCCAAGUCAUGUCGGAACUGAACCAAGCCGAUGUUGUUUACUCUCCACGGUCGUCGCUUCAACUGUGGAAUGUUUUUGUCAACUGGCUCGAUUUUUUCUACCAGUUCUUUCUUAAGAUCCUCCGUCCCCUCGCUCACCACCCUUUUCUCUCUUCCAAAGCCAUCUCCGAUGGGUUUAAGCCCCUGCCAGUCAUCGAGUUACCGGAGAUGGCGGCGGAACCACCCGUCACCACCAUACAAAUCACCUCCGGGAGAACUUCUAGCGAAGGAGAAGUCGGUAGCAUCCAGAGACUCACGGUAGUUUUGGACUUGGAUGAGACAUUGGUUAGUGCGUAUGAGACGUCUAGUCUACCUGAUAAUUUACGUACACAAGCUAUUGAAGCUGGAUUAAAGUGGUUUGAGCUGGAGUGCAUAUCAUCAACAAAGGAAUGCAACGGGGAGCCUAAAAUCAAUUAUGUUACAGUGUUUGAGCGUCCAGGGUUACAUGAUUUCUUAGAGAAACUUAGCCAAUUUGCACAUCUUAUUGUAUUUACCGCUGGUCUUGAAGAUUAUGCAAGACCGCUUGUGGACAAAAUAGAUACCAAGCAUGUAUUGAACGAGAGGCUGUAUCGACAUUGUACUGUCAGCACGCAAUAUCGAGAUCACGUGAAGGAUCUACUAUGCACAUCAAAGAAUAUGUGUAGGACAGUUAUAGUAGACAACAAUCCUUACAGUUUUUUAUUACAACCUCUAAACGGGAUUCCAUGUGUUCCGUUUUCCGCUGAACAGCCACAUGAUACUCAGCUACUGGACAUUAUUCUCCCGCUUCUUAAGCAACUUUCAGAAGAAGAGGAUGUAAGAGGAGCUCUUUACGAUAGAUUCCACAUGCCUGAAUGGUUCGAAAAGCAAGGCAUACCAAGGUCAUGCUGGACAUCAUCGCAAUAGCUCACAGUGGAAAAUGUGUUGAUAAGUCUGCUUGGACAGUUGGACUAAACAAGAUUGCGAAGCCACUAAAUUUUUAGCUGUGUAUAUAUUGGACAUGACUGCGUUACGAUGUUUUUGAAUGAAAAAAAAAAAUCUAUGUCGAAAAUCCAAUCCGGUCUUGGUCUA